AUGCGUGCCUCCCUACAUUCACAAACACGAAUAGGCCUGUCCAUUUAUAGCUUUGGAGCAGACGACAACAACUCACUUCGCACAAACUUCAUUCACCGGGUGACCCCAGACAGAGAAACUGAACCGAACGUUCCCGCGUACUCCACGAUACUAACGAAACAGUUAACUUUCGUGGCCGAUGCCGUCGGGGGAGCACGCCUGCCAUGGAUCCAAUUCGCUCGCUCAGCUGGUCUACUCCCGGCGAAAUGGACAGACAACAAACCGUCAUCAAACAAUCAUCAAAAUUGCAUCUCCGGCUCCAAACAAACUCGGCGCUUCGCAAACGUUCAACCGGGGACAGCGAACGCUCUUCGUUUGCUCCCCACAGAAUCUCUAACCCGCGGAAUGCACAACAUUCAACAGUACGGCAGUUCCGAAAGUGAAGACGACGAUGAGAAACCGAUCAAUCCGGAAACUUCCUUCAGACCGGAAGUUGCAUUACCCUCAUCGAAAUCGCUGCUGCAGGUAACCGAGAGCAGCAGCAACCAAGCCGAAAAUGAUCCCUCCAAUCAUCAGGGCAGAAUCAGAUCGUUCGCCCACGAGCGCGGCAUUUGGGCAAGCUAUGUGUUCGUCGAUUAUAACGAAAUCGAUCCACUAGUCGAUUUGCAAAGGCAGAUUAUCAACAAAUGCUUACAGGAAAACCAGUUAGAGUUGAACAGCAUAGAACAUCUUCACCUAAGCCUUACAAAAACUUUCGUCCUACGACAUCAUAACAUAUCAGCUUUCGUAGACGAUAUUCGAUUAGCGAUAUCCGGAACCAAACGAUUUAAAAUCAACUUAUCAAAUCUAGCAAUUUACGUGAAUGAUGAACGAACGCGGACGUUUUUGGCCGUUCAAGUUCACAUUAGCAGCUAUGGACCUUUACAACAGCUGGUUUCAAAACUAGACGAAUGCAUGAAACGAUACAAACUGCCCGAAUUCUAUCGAGAUCCUUCGUUUCACGUGAGCUUCCUGUGGGCCCUAGGCGAUCGGGAGAAAGAACUGCAGGGCUGUUUGGAUCGACUGCAAGCGAUGUUCGAUGAAAUCUACCAGGAAGAGUUUCGGGAUAUGAACGUAAAUGUGCGGCAACUGGAGUUCAAAUGUGGAAACAAGUUUUACCACUUUGAUUUGUUAUGAUAUUUGUAAGUAAGUUGGGCUGUAAUCUAUCAUCGGAAGUA